AUGGCAUCAUACAAUGUUAACUCUACAAAGUCGUACAUGCACGCAAUGGAGCCUAUGAUUGAGGCUGUUAGUAAGAUGGAGAUCGGAACAGAUGCAGAGAUUUUCAAGCUUCCAAGGAAUAUUAUUGAUGAUAGAAAGGGUGAGCAGAAAAUUGAUUUAUUGACUAGGGAUAUGAGGUGGUUGUUGAAAUCUUUUGAAAAUGUUGAUCGGGAACUUCUUAUAGAUUAUGAAGACGAGGAGGAAGACAGCGAUAAAGCUGAUAAUAAACAACAUUUAGGAAAAGAAGAAGAUGUGAAAUGUGAAAGCAUUAUAUCAGAUAUCUUGGAAGGUUGCAAAAGAGUAUAUAAGAAGCAAUUUUCAGAUGAUACUGAUGGUUCUGAAGUUGAGUCACAGGCUAAACAAAUGCUGCAAGGUAUCAUCAAGACAAUCACGGAAGAGCAUACGUCUGAAGGCUUACAGAGCUCAUUGGCUGAUACAUUAGGCUUUGAGGAGUUUGAUCUCAUUUCAGAAAUAAUUCAGAACAAAGACAUACUUGCUUCUAAAAGUGAGGACAAACAGACGACUGAGACAGAUGAACGAACGUCCGAUCAGACUCUUUCUGGUUACAGAUUGCUGACUGAUGAACAGCUGGAAGAGCAAUACCGGGAAAAUCGGUCUAAGGCUUUAAACGUGAAACUUGAAAAAAACAAGGCUAAAGUUAGAUAUCCGCACGUUUACCAGGCAAACGAUACGGGAAGCAUUCUUGCGAUUACCGGGAAAAAGUACACACUACCAAUUGGUAGUACAAGAACUUCAUAUCAGGAUCACGAAGAAAUUGAUAUCCCUCCCUCAUUGAGGAAGCCAACAAAUGCCCCAAGCAAGCAGGUAAAUAUUAAGGAUUUAGACUUUAUGUGCCAAGGAACGUUUAACGGAUUUCAGACUCUUAAUAGAAUGCAAUCAUUAGUCUAUGAUGUUGCAUACAAUACGAACGAGAAUAUGCUUGUUUGUGCACCGACAGGUGCUGGUAAAACCGGAGUAGCAUUACUUACCAUACUUCAUACUAUAGGGCAGUUUAAUAGCGAGUCCGAAACUGGAGACUCAAAUGUGCAAAUGAAUAUAGACUAUGAUGAGUUUAAGAUUGUUUAUGUGGCACCGCUAAAGGCUCUAGCAGCUGAGAUUGUCGAUAAGUUUUCAAAGGCUUUAGCAUGGCUUGGAAUACAAGUUCGAGAGCUUACAGGUGAUAUGCAAUUGACAAAAAGCGAGAUAAUGGCGACCCAGAUUAUUGUUACCACACCAGAGAAGUGGGAUGUUGUCACUAGGAAAUCAACCGGAGAUACGGAACUUGUUGAAAAAGUUAAACUCUUGAUUAUUGAUGAGGUGCAUCUCCUUCAGGAAGAUAGAGGUUCCGUCAUAGAAACAUUAGUUGCUCGUACGCUUCGACAGGUUGAGAGUACACAGUCUAUGAUUAGGAUUAUUGGUCUUUCUGCCACUUUACCAAACUAUGUGGAUGUUGCGGAUUUCCUUGGUGUUAACAGAAACGUUGGUAUGUUUUACUUUGACCAAUCAUUUAGACCGGUUCCACUUGAGCAGCAGCUUUUGGGUGUUCGGGCUAAGGCUGGCUCAAAACAGUCUAGAGAGAAAUUGGAUAGCGUCGCUUUUGAAAAAGUUAUCGAUAUGCUUUCCUUGGGCCACCAGAUUAUGGUGUUUGUGCAUUCAAGAAAGGAUACUGUUCGUACUGCCCGGACUUUUAUUCAUAUGGCGGAAGAACAGAGCAUGUCUGGAUAUUUUGACUGCUCGGAUAGUGCCAAAUAUGAUCUUUUUGAGCGUGAAAUGGGGAAAAACAAAAAUAAGGAUGUCAGAGAGCUUUUUAAAGGUGGAUUUGGUGUUCAUCAUGCUGGUAUGUUGCGUGCGGAUAGAAAUUUAACUGAGAAGAUGUUUCUUGCCGGUGCUAUUAAAGUUCUUUGUUGUACUGCCACAUUGGCAUGGGGUGUGAAUCUUCCAGCUGCAGCUGUUAUUAUCAAGGGAACACAAGUGUACAAUGCUCAAGCUGGUGGCUUUGUUGAUUUGGGAAUUUCCGAUGUCCUUCAGAUCUUUGGUCGUGCAGGAAGACCCCAGUAUCAGGCACAUGGUAUCGGAAUUUUGUGCACUACCUCGGACAAGCUCGAUCAUUAUGUCACUUUGCUUUUAGAGCAGCAUCCAAUUGAAUCCAAACUUGCUGGAAAACUUGUCGAUAAUCUCAAUGCCGAAAUUUCGCUAGGCACUGUCACAAACGUUGACGAAGGAGUGCAAUGGCUUGGAUACACUUAUAUGAAUGUGAGAAUGAAAAAGAAUCCAUUUGGAUAUGGUAUCGGAUGGAAGGAGUUGGCUGAAGAUCCAAUGCUUGUGCAGAAGAGAAGAGACAUGAUUGUAAAGGCAGCCAAAAAAUUACAAUCACUUCAAAUGAUUGUUUAUGAUGAGAGAUCAACUGCUUUAAUACCGAAAGAUUUGGGUAGAAUAGCAUCCGAUUUCUAUCUUUUAAACGAGUCUGUGGAAAUAUUUAAUCAGCUAAUGAAUCCAAUGGUCACAGAGGCUGAUGUUUUGAGUAUUAUAUCUAUGAGCAGUGAGUUCGACAAUAUUAAGUAUAGGGAAGAGGAAGGAAAAGAGUUAGACAGUUUGAAGAAAGAAAAGGCCGCUUGCGAAAUUGAUCCUAAGAUGGAGACUUCGCAACUAAAGACAAAUAUUUUGUUACAAUCAUUUAUCUCUCGUGCAGCGAUCAAAGAUUCAGCAUUAUACUCGGAUUCCAAUUAUAUUGCCCAGAAUUCGGCUCGUAUUUGCAGAGCUCUUUUCUUUAUAGCCCUAGACAGAAAAUGGGGUAAUUUUGCAAGGGGUAUGUUGGCUAUAUGUAAAGCUGUUGAUAAGAGGAUUUGGCCUUUCCAACAUCCAAUUCGCCAGUUUGACCUUCCCGAGCAUAUCAUUAAAGUAAUCGAGAACAAAAAUCCUAGUAUUGACAGUCUAAGGGAUAUGUCUGCAUCUGAAUUGGGUGAUUUUGUCCACAAUAAGCACAUGGGCAAUGUUCUUUAUAAGUUAAUUGGCCGGUUCCCAUACCUUUUAUUGGACGCUGAAUGCUUCCCAGUGACCAGUAACGUUUUGCGAGUUCACAUUACGAUCAGACCAGAUUUCACUUGGAGCUAUGAAAAUCACGGAAACAUCCAAUUCUUCUGGAUAUUUGUGGAGGAUAGUGAAAAGAGCAAUAUUUUACACAGUGAAAAAUACAUCCUUAAUAGAAGAUCCAUGAACUCGGAGCACUCGCUUGAUGUCAUGAUUCCUCUAUCAAAUCCUCCUCCCAAACAAAUUAUUAUUAGGGCAUUGAGUGAUACUUGGUUUGGAUCAGAGGCUAUUCAUGCUGUUUCUUUCCAACAUUUGAUCAAACCUUAUAAUGAGACAAUUCAGACGAAACUAUUGAGACUCCAGCCAUUGCCUAUUAGUGCCUUGCACGAUGACGAAGUCGAACGUAUUUAUAAAGAGAAGUUCAGCUAUUUCAAUCCAAUGCAAACUAUGGUCUUUCAUACGCUAUACUAUUCGGACAGUAACGUUUUUGUGGGAUCCCCAACUGGUUCAGGUAAAACUGUGGUUGCAGAAUUGGCAAUGUGGCAUGCAUUUAGAGAAUAUCCACAUUCAAAGGUUGUUUAUAUUGCACCAAUGAAAGCCUUGGUUCGGGAGAGGGUCGAUGACUGGAAUAGGAGAAUUUGCAAGCAUACAUUACAUAAGAUAGUUGAGCUUACAGGUGACUCGUUACCUGAUGCAAAGGAUAUUCAUGAAGCAGACAUUAUAGUUACGACCCCAGAGAAGUUUGAUGGUAUUUCCAGAAACUGGCAAACGAGGAAAUUUGUCCAGCACCUCUCACUUGUUAUAAUGGAUGAAAUUCAUUUACUUGCUAGUGAUAGAGGUCCAAUUUUAGAAAUUAUCGUCAGCAGAAUGAAUUAUAUAUCUUCCUUCACGAAGAAUCCAAUUCGUUUAUUGGGUCUUUCUACUGCAGUCUCUAAUGCGGUGGAUAUGGCAGGUUGGCUUAAGGUCAAAGAUGGUUUAUUCAAUUUUCCACAAAGUAUUCGUCCUGUUCCGCUACAGAUGUUUAUUGAUGGUUUCCCUGACAAUCUUGCAUUUUCACCUUUAAUGAAAACCAUGAAUAAGCCGGCAUUCAUGGCCAUUAAACAGCAUUCACCUUCAAAGCCUGUUUUAAUCUUUGUUCCAUCACGUCGACAGACAAGACUUACCGCUUUAGAUUUGAUUCAUUUGUGCGGUAUGGAGGAAAAUCCAAGAAGGUUUAGCCGGAUGACUGAAGAGGAGCUCGAGCCUAUUGUUAGCAAAGUUAAAGAUGAUACGUUGAAAUUGUCACUUCAGUUUGGUAUUGGACUUCAUCAUGCUGGUUUGGUUCAGAGUGAUAGGAGAAUUUCUCAUAAGUUAUUUGAGGAGGGUAAAAUACAGAUUCUUGUUGCAACUUCUACUUUGGCAUGGGGUGUUAACUUACCCGCAUACUUAGUUAUUAUUAAAGGUACGCAAUACUUUGAUGCCAAAAUUGAAGGAUACAAGGACAUGGAUUUGACUGAUAUUCUUCAGAUGAUGGGAAGAGCAGGUCGUCCAGCUUUUGAUACAAGCGGAGUUGCCAUGGUGUUUACUAAAGAGUCAAAGAAGAGUUUCUACAAACAUUUCCUUAAUAUUGGCUUUCCAGUGGAAUCAUCCUUGCACAAAGUUCUAGAUGAUCAUAUUGGUGCCGAGAUUUCAUCAGGAACAAUAAAAAGCCGGCAAGAUGCCAUGGAUUUUCUUACGUGGACGUUUCUUUAUAGAAGGGCACACCACAAUCCAACAUAUUAUGGCAUAGAAGAUACUACAGAAGAUGCCAUUAACAAAUAUUUGAGUGACCUUAUUGAUCAUGUUGUUGGGGAGCUUAGAAAGUCAAAAUGUCUGAUUGGUAGUGGGGAUCGUAUUUAUCCUACACCAUACUUACAGAUAUCUUCUUACUAUUAUUUAUCACACCGAACGAUGCGUAAGCUUCUCAAUAAUGUGAAGAGUUCUGCCACUUUCCGUGAAUGCUUAAGAUGGCUUGCUGAGGCUGCCGAGUAUGAUGAGUUACCGACAAGGCAUGGUGAGGAAUUAAUCAAUACAGAGAUGUCAGAACAAAUGAGAUACCCGGCUAGUGAUCUUGAAGAUUGCGAAUUUAUUUGGGAUCCACAUAUCAAGGCAUUUCUACUUCUUCAGGCUUAUAUGUCGAGAGUUGAAAUGCCAAUUGCAGAUUAUGCUCAAGAUACGGUUUCCGUUCUUGACCAGAGUUUGCGUAUACUCCAAGCCUACAUUGACGCCACUUCUGAACUUGGAUUUUUAUCAUCGGUUUUAACGCUAAUAAGGCUAAUGCAAUGUAUUAAGGCAUGCUGCUGGUUCAAUCAGAAUUUUAUCUACACACUUCCUGGAUUAAAACCUAGGGAUUUACCUGAAGGCUCUUACGAUGAUGAUGGAAGUAAUUGGCAUUCUUCAGGUCAUGCUAGUCAGGAAUUGACAAUUGAGAAAAUCGGCUGCUUACCCCGUAGCAAGCUUCAUAAGCUUGCAAUUGACCUCAAUGUGGAGAAAAGGAGAGUAGAUCAGUUCUUAAGGGUGGCUUCUACACUUCCUGUGAGUAAAUUCCAUGUUUCACAGAAAAAGGUGGACGAAUUAACGUUCGAGCUGGUUCAUAGAAAUGCAGCAUACAAGUCUGACUUCAAGGUUUAUGCUCCGAAAUUUUCAAAGCCACAAAGGGAGACUUGGUUUUUAAUGGUGUGCGAUUUACAAAAUGAUCAGCUUUUCUCCAUUAAAAGAUCAUCACCAAAAAGGGUCGGUCACAUGGAUAAGAUCCGGGACCAACUUGAAAUUGACGAAGCCUUGAGAGGAAAGACUGUUGAUGUCAUUGCUAUCAGUGACUUUACCGACAUCUAUUACAGAACGGAAUGGACAUUCCGGGAAGGUGAGAAAAAAGACACCAAAGCUCAGCAGCACGUGACUGCAGACACUUCAGAAAAUAAUAAAGAGGAGUAA